AUGGCAGUCCAGCUAAGAGUGAAACUUCAGCCUCAUGUUCUAAGGAGAGUGAGGGAGACAACAAGAGAAUUGGGUCGUGGAUCUUACGGAGUUGUGAUUGAAUUGAGGUUCAAUGGGAAUCAAUGUGCUGGAAAGAAGCUACGUGACUUUCAUUUCUUAGCCACAAGCACGGAAGAUAGGCUCCUGAGUAAGUUUGGUGAUGAAGUUAUCCUUCACAGUCAACUACAUCAUCCCAAUAUUGUGAGACUGCUUGGUGUUCAUUAUUGUACUGGUUCCCAGUUACCAAUGCUGGUAAUGGAGUAUCUUCCUCAUGCUCUACUGCAGCUAAUAGAGAGAAGAGGUAUUAUUAAUAAAGAAGCAAUUCUUCUUGACGUUGCUAAUGGACUUGAUUAUCUUCACGCAAAAAGACCUCCCAUUAUUCAUCAUAAUAUCAAGGCCAGCAAUGUACUCGUCACUGUUGAUUAUAAGGCAAAGAUAACAGACCUGAGUAUGUCUAAACUUGGUGAUGCAUUGAAGGAACACAAUUACAACACUUUUCCAGGUAAUCCUUACUUGAUGCCACCAGAAGCUUUUGUACACAAUCCUGUCUAUAGUGAGAAGUUAGACGUGUUCUCUUUUGGUUGUCUUAUUCUACAUAUGCUCACUGGCAAUGUCAUUGUACCAACUGAUCAAUAUAAGCCAAGCCCUCAAGACCGUAACUCUUUCAUUAAGGUAUCAGAAUGGGACAGGAGAGCCGGCUCUAUUUAA